UGCUUUCAUAAUGACAAGCAAAAGAGAACUGCGGGAGUGCCAACCCGCGCACUGUGGGCAUACAGUAGUACAUCAUUGGAUGAACUCUUAGAGUGCAAACCAAACUUGAUACAUUGUCUGCCUAGCCAUACCAGUUGAACACAGUCUCAUUAUUUCUCGUGCCGCACUCGAAUCGUACCGUACGGGUAGGUACUGGUACCAGGACUGGUAGCUGGGAUGCAAAAGACUCGACAUCCGUCGUAGCAAUAGCACGAGCCUCGAUCGAAAUCAUCGCGGGGUUACUGCCGUAAAGCAGGUAGAAAGGGUAAUCUAUUUAUUACGAGACUAGCUAGCACUCUUUUUAAUUUCUAUCUUUUCCCCGGCUUCACUGCAUGGAGCCGCGCACCUCCAAGCCGUCGAUUCAUUCAACGCCACGAACGCAUCUACUAGUAUCGCAUGUUCGGAUCAUGAUGGCAGCCACCAAUGCGUUGGAUGUCCUUCUUAGAGGAUGCAACUCCUAAGUGAUACGUGUGCCCCGGAAUCGUUUUGAAAUCUUCAGCUGUCUCCAAAACUCUUCAACUCAACUUAUAAAAGGUCCUCUUCCCAUCUUUCCUUCGCACCCGGAAUUCGGCAACAAGCACAAUGGUGCUUCUGCUGCACUGGUUUGCUACCUUUGUCUUUCUUAGCAGCUGCUUCAGAGUCCAAAGUGAGGUUGACAGUGAUAGUCACAAUCCCUAUGUGAUCAAUGUCCGUCUCAAGGAAGGGUAUACCCUGUCGGACCUUGACGGGAUUGCUCAAGAAUCUGUUGCCUCCAUGCACAAGAGCAUUAAUCUUCCCGAUGACGUUCUCAACGAAAUGGCCGCAAAUGGGAUCGCAAGGACAGGAAAUCAGUUGCCAAACAUGAACCUGUGGCAGACGAUCGAAUUGGCCAGAGCAGCAGACCACGAGGCAGUCUUGGCGGAAUUUGAAGCCCAGGAAUGUGUCGACGUGGCUGAGGCAUACUAUGCCAAUACACCCCAUCCAUCCCUUAUAAGGGGCGAAACCAGUUCACAUCACUAUCACCAUCACCGCAAUCUUCAAACAAAAGCAGCUACGCCUGACUUUUCAUCCAACCAGGCAUACCUGAACCAGGCACCAAAGGGAAUCGAUGCGGAGUGGGCCUGGACUAAGCCUGGUGGAACUGGAGCAGGAAUCAAGGUUUAUGACAUUGAAUAUGGCUGGAAUCAAGAUCACGAAGAUCUUGGGCUUAGCGGGGUUACGGUCCUCACCACGGGCACGCCUCUAAAUCCGUUUGAGCCACCAAGACAUGGGACAGCGGUCAUGGGUGAAAUGAUUGGAACAGACAAUGGAAGCGGUGUCAAAGGUAUUUGCUAUGCUGCUGACGCUGGUUUGGCGGCUCAGUACACGGAGGAGCAACGGGACAGCCGCGCAGCAGCCAUUCUGUUGGCUGUCAACGAUGGAACGGCUGGGGAUGUCAUUUUGCUGGAGAUGCAAACCAGAGUUUGUUUUCUUUCGACUGGAGGUGGAGGUAGAACGCCUUACGGUCCCUCGGAAUGGGACCAAGGCGUGUUUGAUGCCACCGCCACUGCAGUCGCCAAUGGGUUUGUGGUUGUGGCAGCUGCUGGCAAUGGCGCUGUCGAUUUGGACCAGUCGUCCUGUAGUGGCCGAUUCAACCUGAAUGUUCGUGAUUCUGGAGCCAUUAUAGUUGGAGCUGGAGGUGCAACUCCAUCAUCCUACGGGGCCAACCCACGGGAGAUAUUGCCCUUCUCUAGCUAUGGCACCCGGCUGGAUGCACAAGGUUACGGAGAGUCCGUGUAUACAGCUGGUUAUGGUUACAUUUGGCAGGACCCUGACAACACGAGUGACAGGAACCGCUACUACACUCACCGAUUCAGUGGUACCUCCAGUGCAUCCCCCAUUGUUGCCGGGGCUGCAGUGCUGAUGCAAUCCUAUGCCGUUCAAAAGCUUGGGAGACGACUACUCCCCCAGGAGAUUCGAACGAUCUUUCGCACCACUGGUUCCCCACAGCAAGGAUCCGGUGGAAGAAUUGGAAACCUUCCCAGCCUCGAGAUGGCAUUUGCUGCCAUUGAUGACAUUCUUGCCCCGACGCCUGCUCCAGCUGCCCCGACACCUGCUCCAACGGAAGCUCCAACUUCAGCUCCUACUGCAAUUUGUUUUUCUGGCGCCGCCACGGUGGACGUGCUGGGUAAGGGUGAAGUUGCCAUGGAAGACUUAUCCAUUGGUGAUCCCGUGUUUACUGGCUUUGAUACAGAUACUGAUACAGACACCACAGCAACAAAGAAGAAGCAAAGAACGAAAUUGUACGAGGCAGUCUACGCAUUUGGCCAUGUGCAACGAGCGGAGGUCGACGAGUUUCUGCUGAUCUACUAUAACCUCAACAGCAAUAUGCCAUCUCCAAGACCGUUGGAGAUGAGUGACAAUCACCUGAUUGGUGUCUGGGGGCAACCCCAUCCUGUCCGCGCCAGCACGAUCCGUGUGGGUGACAAAUUGAAGCAUCUCCAACACAAAGACGGUGGUCAAGACUAUUAUUUAGUCACCGUGACAAAGGUGGAACGACAAACUCGUCGAGGGAUCUAUCAGCCAUUGACGAAGAGUGGCUACUUGGUGGUGAAUGGAAUUCAGGUGUCGGCGUAUGCCACCACGAGGGAGGGUUCUUUGGCAUUGGUGGACACACUUACGAGAUGGAUUCCAGAGCAAGUGUUCUUUCACAUGACUCUCUCUCCAUUGCGCCUGCUUUGCUUGGGUAUCCUCUCUUCUUCCAACGAUUAUGUUUGCCAUGCCUAUUCCAAGGAUGAUGGGCUAAUCUACUGGCAAGCCUUUGAGUUAGAGGUCGCCCUGCUAUGCAACCGGGCACCUUGGGUACUUCAAGUCGUGUUGGGAAUCUUGAUAGUGGGCGUGCUUGGCUGUUGCUACUUGUUGGAAGCAUCGUUGGGUCCAGUGCUGGGUUCUGUGGUUGUAAUGACUGGGCUGUGUUACAGUGUGGCACGUAUUGUCAUGGUACUCUUGAGAAGCAGAACAAGCAAAGAUCCUAAGUAGCUAGGCAGGUAAUAGAACAUGAAUGAAUGAAUGAAUGAAUCUAUAAUCUAUUAAUAAAGUUUCUGUGAAAGUAGUUCA